AUGGCGCGGUUCGCCGCCGAUCUGGCGCGCAUCGCCCUGCCGGGCGAUUGUGUGGCACUGUCCGGCGAUCUGGGCGCCGGCAAGACCAGCUUCGCGCGGGCCUUCAUCCGCGCGCUGGACGGCGACACCGAGCUGGAAGUCCCAAGCCCGACAUUCACGCUCGUACAGGAAUACGCCACCUGUCCGCCGGUCGCCCAUUUCGAUCUCUACCGCAUCGCCGACCCGGACGAAGUUGCCGAACUGGGGCUGGACGAAGCGCUGGAGGCAGGGAUCGCGCUGAUCGAGUGGCCCGAACGGGCCGGCACUGCCCUGCCCGCCGGUGCGAUCGGGCUGGCUUUUUCGGAAACCGUGACCGACGCCGGCGCCGAUGCCCGCACGAUCGCGAUCGAAGCGCCCGAAGCGGCCGUUGCGCGCAUAAGGCGCACGCUGGCGAUCCGCGCACUGCUCCUGUCCGCGGGCCAUGGCGGGGCAAACCGCGCGCCGCUCACCGGCGAUGCGUCCACCCGCCGCUACGAAACGGCAACCGACGGUGCGUGGCGUGCCAUCGUCAUGGACGCGCCGCCCAUGCCCGACGGGCCCCCGGUGCGCGACGGCAAGCCCUAUUCGCAGAUCGCCCAUCUGGCGGAAGAUAUCGGCCCGUUCGUCGCAGUGGCCCGGAUACUGACCGGAGCGGGUUUCGCCGCGCCGGAGAUCAUGGCGGUCGACCAUGAGGCCGGGCUGAUCCUGCUCGAAGAUCUCGGCGAGGAUGGCGUGCUGGAUGCUGCCCGCCGGCCGAUCCCGGCGCGCUAUGAGGCGUCGGUCGAUUGCCUCGCCGCCAUGCACGCCACCGACUGGCCCCGCGAGAUCGUCCUGGAAGACGGCACGGUCCACCGGGUGCCGGCGUUCGACCUCGGCGCCUUCCUGAUCGAGGUCGAUCUGCUGCUCGACUGGUAUGUUCCGAGGGUCGCCGGCGCUCCGGCCAGCGCCGAGGACCGGCAAUCCUGGCACGCCAUCUGGCAGGUGCUGUUCGCCACCGUCGAUGCCGGCCCCAAGACCCUUGCGAUGCGCGACUUCCACUCGCCCAACAUUGUCUGGCGCGGCGAAAGGACCGGACAUGACCGGGUCGGGCUGAUCGACUUUCAGGAUGCGCUCUGGACCCACCCCGCCUAUGACGUGAUGUCGCUGAUCCGCGAUGCGCGCGUCACCGUCGAACCGGACCUGCAGUCGCGGCUUCUGGAAGCCUAUUGCGCGGCAAGGGACCAACAGGCGGGAGACUUCGACGAGACCGGCUUCCGGGAGUGUUCCGCCAUUCUGGCCGCGCAGCGGGCCGCCAAGCUUCUGGGGAUAUUCGUGCGCCUCGACGAACGGGACGGCAAGCCGGGCUACAUCGCACAUCUGCCGCGCAUCCAGACAUACAUGCGCCAGUCGUUGUGCCAUCCGGCGCUGGCCGAUCUCGACGCGUGGCUCGCCGCGCGCGGCCUGCUCGACGUGACGGUCGAACCGCGAUGA